AUGGCUUCACCGAUAAAAUCUAUGGAUAAUAUUCUGAUUUCAUCUACACCACAUCACUUUCAGACCAACGGUAAAAGUGAUUCAAAACGGAUGGAAUUGAAAGCUGUUGGUGUAGAUAACGAGUUAAAAACAGAUGAUAAGAAGAUUACUCAAGAUACAGAUGUGCUAAAGUGUAAGAUCAAUGGUCAAGAAAGGGAAAGUGUGACAUAUCUGGAAGAUGUCAUUCGCUUGAAUUGGACUUCUAAACGUGCGAGUUAUUUAUUUGACUUGUUAACAAGGCCUCCGUUACUUUUUUCACCCAGUAUGGGAAUCAGUCUUUCAUUCGAAAAGGGGUCGAAAAGUGUUUUAUGGACUUUACCCACUCAAAAACGUAAUCGUCCAAUCGACCCUGAUCCGUGUCUAUUAUCAGUUGAUGGACUUCUAGACUGUCUUUUUGUAACCAAUUCACUGGUUGACCAAAUUUAUCACGAUUGUAUGGACAAUGCAGACGAUCGGACAGCAGAAGAAUAUGAGCAUUCACCCACUGUUUUGGCUGCGAAAUUCUUCCGUAGAAGAGUUAAACCGAUCAUCGCUCGGUUAUCGGAACUUCGUCUGAAAUUAUCAGAUUUCAAACUUGGUGCCUGUGUUGGCAGAGGAGCUUGUGGUAUAGUGCGUGUUGUGCGAGAAGUAUCACCGCCUCAUUCGGUAUAUGCAAUGAAGUCCCAGUUUAAGGGAGCCUGGUUACACCAUGACCCGGAGGGAUCUCAAAUUCUGCUUGAAAGAACUGUACUAGCUCAAGCGGCUGCCAUUGAAAAUCCUUGGCUUCCUCACUUACAUUAUGCGUUUCAAGAUGAAAAGCAUUUGCAUCUCGUUAUGGAUUAUGAACCUGGUGGCGACUUAUACAUCUUUUUAAGCAAAGUUGGUCAUUUGUUGGACUCAAGGAUGGUACAGUUUUAUGCUGCCGAAGCUGUAGAAGCUGUUCACUCUUUGCAUCAAAUGGGUUACAUUCACUGCGAUCUGAAACCUGAAAACUUUGCAAUUGAAAGAAGUGGACAUUUGAAGUUAAUCGACUUUGGUUCAGCCAUCAGACUUGAUGCGGAUGGAAAGUGCAUCUGUCCUACAAUGGUUGGGACCAAAGAAUACCUGAAUAUUGAACUUUUAAGGCAACGUGGACGACAUAAUCAAGAACCAUUACUUGUUGGUCCCGAAUUUGAUUAUUGGGCUAUCGGCGUCUUGCUCUAUGAACUAUUCUACGGUCAAACACCUUUCUACGAUGAUGAUGAUGAUACAAUGAUGCAGAAGAUUAUGGAUUAUCGGAAAACACUGAAGUUCCCUUCAACAUCUGAAAUAACAGACUGUGCAAUUCACCUGAUUAAGUCUCUGAUUGUUAGCCCAUCGAAACGAUUAACAUAUGAAGAUGUCGUUGUGCAUCCAUUUUUCAAGGAAAUUGAUUUUUCUGCAUUAAGACAAGUUACUCCGCCAUACCUGCCCCCAGUUGGGGAGGUGGAUGAUGUCUCGAAUUUCUCUGGCGGUGGCUCACGUACUCGUGAUGAGACCAUAUUGGAUGUUUCCACAAAUCAAACUUUUUCCCCAAGCCGUUUCACAAAACCAUCUGUUCACUAUGAACAUGUUACACAGUGUGUAACUUUAAGUGGGGAAGGGAACGAAGGAGAUGAAACUGUGUUAUUGAAGAAUGUAGCUGAGGAUCAGGAGAAUAUUGAUCCACAAAAAUCCAUUUUAUCCUCGGAAGCGACAAAAAGACAAGCGAUUCAGGAGGCAGCAGCUGUACCCAUCAAUGAAGAGAUCGAAGAGAUUGAGGACAUUGAAUGGCAAGGUUCUGAAUGUGUCAGAGAUUUGCCCUUCUUAGGCUACACGUAUACGCCUGGAUUAGUGUUAUUUGGCAACCUUACCAAAAAGCAAAACCCUUCUACUGCUGUCGCCAAUGUUGGAACAUCGUUAGUAGAUAACCUGAGCACACCUCGCAGAUGUACACUUAGUGGUCAUCGGGAUUCAUUGAUUAAAUCACUCAAUAACAGUGCUGGAUAUUCCGGAACAAAACAGCGUAGCGAUGCAGAUAAGAAGAGCUACCCUGAAACUGUCAGCUUGUUCGAACUUCAGCAGCGUAAUCAGCAGCUUUGUGAGCAAAUUGAACAAUUACGACUGGAAAAUAAAGAAUCAGAGGAUCUGCGUCAACGAUUAGUAAGUGCAUUCGAUAAUGGUCACGUCCUGAACGAAAUCAAUGAAGCUGUACGCGUUCUUUCUGAUACCGUUGUGGAAAAAGGAAGAUCUGCUGUUGAUCAGUUGAAUUCACGGAUAAAACAGCUACAUGAAGAAAACAUUCGACUAACUGCUUCAUUACAAUGUUGUCAGAAAGCACAAGCUGUCGUAGAUCAAGUACAGUAUGCUGUGUCUCGUCUUUCCAAACUGCCAAAUAAUUUCACGGAAGCAGAUUUACUCGAUUUAUUGGCUACUCUAUGUCCAUCUUCCGUUUACACAACAGCUGAAUUGUCUGCAGACGCUUCACUUUCAAGUAUACAUUCAUCCAACUCUUUGGAUAACCUCAUUGGCUAUGAACUAGUUCAUCGGCUCAUUAAUUUCGCUCUGAAACAGUUCAAGCAUGCUUCUAAUCGAGCAAAACAGUCUUGUUAUACUUUAGAGUCAACGAAUGCUGAGUUGAAGAAAGCUCUAGAUGAGUCGAAACAACAAGUCAACCAACUAGUUGAGGCCAUUGAUGGGUUGGUUUCAGAUCAGCGUCGCUCUCGGGAAACUGAAUGUAAUCUAAAUCGGGAGAUCAAAGAGUUGAAAGAAAAACUUGAAGAUUCAAAAGAUUAUCAGCGGGAUUUACACCACAAGUUUUUACAAUUUGAAGAUAAAUACUUUUCAGCUCGAGAGAGGUUGAAAGACGAAGAAAAGAAAAACAAGGAAAUAACGGAGAAACUUGAACAACUGACUGCUAGCUCAGUCCAAAAACAGAACAGUUCAUCCGAACUACAAACACAAUCCGAUCAACUUAGUUUCCUGGUCGACCGUAACAAGGAAGUUGAACGUGAACUUGUUGCCCUAAGAAAUACCUUGCAAGAAGCAACCCAACGCCAUGGAUCUGAGCUGAUUGAAUUGAGAAAACAGUUGGAUAGUGUAACGACAGAGAGAGAACAUUUACUUGAGGUUAAUAAGUGUGAACGGCGUGAAUUGGAAGAACGAGCGGAAAAUGCUGAAAGUCUACUGAGAGAUCUGCGAGAUCAAAUAGCCACUAUGAUUGCUGAGCGUAGUCGCUUAAUUGCGAUGGCAGCAAUGGAUUCACAGAGAUGCUCUUAUGAAAAAGAAGCCGCUGAAAUCUCCCUCCGUGAUGCAACACUCCGACUAGAAAGACUGAACACUACACAAAAUCAAACUAUUGUUCUUGAUCAAGUUAGAAAUGAACUUGAGUCAACUAGAUCGCAGUUAAGAGCCGCACAGACUGAACUAAUCCACUACAAACAAAAUGAGGAGUUGUUACGUGAACAAACAACAAAUUAUGAAAGUGAGCUCAGUGACUUGAAACAAGAAGUGAUACAGUUACGAACUAGAAAUGAUCAAUUACAAGUAACUGUUACUUCACCUCAUGCGUCUAAAGAUUCGUCUGAAGUCAUUCCUCUCCUUGAUGAUAAUCAGUCACUCAAAGAUGAGGUAAACCAACUGCGAACGCAAGUGGAGCGGUUGCGUCUCAAUAACACACAACUUCUUAGUCAGCGCGAUGCUGCUCGCCAAGAAGCUCGUGAGUUAGAAAUGGCCACUGUAAGAGCUAGAGAACUAGAUGAAGCAGCACAACAGACUCUGGAACGUGAAGUUCAUCGUCUUUCCACUAUUACAGAACAGCAAGGAAAACUGAUCAACCACAUGCGCAGUCUUCUACCUCCAGAAUUCAAUGAGGUACAUCGUAAGGACUCCGUUGAUAGUAAUUCGAACUGUUCAACGUCAAAGAGAGGGAAACAACGGUCUGGUAAACUGACGACUCCCAAAACACAUCGACCUGGUGCUCCACUAAUUUCAGCAGCUAGCGCUUUUUUCAAUAAGCAUUGCAAACGUGACACUAAGUCUGAGAAAAAUGCUGAAAAUUCCAGGACUCUGUCGUCUAUUGAGUUUACCAGACAGCCUAGUCGUUUGCAAAAAAUGAUGAGUAAGACUCGAAUAAAUUUCAAAAAGUAUGGGACUAUGCCAGCAAAAGUAGGUUAUCCACUAAGUGGAUCUGUUGGUGAUGACUUUUCUCCAGAAGAAUAUGAUUUAUUUGGAUAUGAUGCGUAUUCCGCUGAUGAUGCUUAUUCUGAUGAUGGACUUCCAUUUCCUGCUUCUUCACCUUUUGCUGUUCCUCACGGUCGUCCUCUCAGGCCAAAUGAUAGUGUGUCAAAUUUAGGUAGUACUUCUUCUGCUCCAAGUACAGCUAGUUCUGCUUCAAUUGGUCCGGUAAAAUUCACCCGUAAUCGCUCUCGGCUCAAAAGUCGGUCCAAAGUACAUGUCGGUUGGGCAGAUAAUAGUGAUAAACCAGAGUUCAACAAAGUACCUUCAGCGUUGAAACAUCGUGGUCAACCGCGUUUACUCAAACAACUGAGCAAGGUUUUGGGCCAUAGCAAGCAGUCAUCAACUCAUCUUGAUCCUAAUCGACUUGGUGAAUAA